GCAUACAAAGGAGACUCUUGCUCAUCUCCCCCAUUUUGCCUCUCUUCCUUGCCCCACAGCAAUCUCAAAGGCUUCAUUUCAUCUCCUCUCAGCACCGCCAGCGGUCGGCAGCAUUCAGCAUCCGGCUACCAGGAAGGCAGGAUCAAUGGACAGGCUGAACGCCAAGCUGUACAUGCAGAACUGCUACAUCCUCAAGGAGAACGAGCGGCUGCGCAAGAAGGCGCAGCUGCUGAACCAGGAGAACCAGGCCCUGCUCACCGAGCUCAAGCAGCGGCUUGCCAAGACGGCGGCGAACAAGGCCAGCGGCAAUGGAAACACUGCCCCUGGCGUCCGCGCACCCCUCCCUGACCUCAACACAGCUCCACCGGCACACACUGCUGGCCAUGAGAAGACCAAGAAGGCGGCCGCAAACUGAUUUCAGUUGCUCGGUACUGGAGAACAUAUCCAGUGCUCCCACCAGUUAGGUGCUACUGGAUAUGUUCUCCGUGGUACUGUCAUGAAAUAGAGUCUGUAACCAUUAAGGUUCUAGCUUUGAAUGUUAAGAAUGUUUGCUUCGUUUUAGCCAUGGAACUGCACCUCUACUGUUAUGUAGUAGGGUCCUUCUGAAUGGAUAGAUAGAUCAACUAGGAGUAUAUAGACAUGGUUGGGUCAAUGUGUGCUAGUAGUACAUGGCAGUGGUGUUGGAGCAGCUCUUGCUUUUCCAGUCAUGGGAAAUGUCAUUUACUGCUCGUUUGAUGACAA